UAAAAAUGAAGAAUUGUGAGAGUGAACAGUCCAGGUCUUUCUGUGAUCUUGUGGAAUACGCGAUUUUGCAGAAUGAGACUGGAAAAAGUCAAGUUAAGAAUCUUGGAGAGCGAUGUGAAAGGAAGAAAUUGUUGAGAGAUGCUUCUUCAAGGCAUUCUGCUCUUGAAGAGUGUGAUCUUGGUGAUGAUCUUGCCGGAAAGGAGAUAACUAAUAUUCAUCCUAUCUACUCUACUAAGGUCACAAAACAGAUAUCAAAUCCUCUUGUGCAUAACAAGGGAAGAGUUAAGCUUGAGCAUCGCAAGUCUUUGAAGAUAAGAGCAACAGAGAUGGAGCCUUUCUGCAAGCGUAACUCAGUUGAGCCUACUUUAGAAGAGGGUUUGUUCUCCUUUAGGAAUACAGUAAACUGUGAGUCCUCAGCAUCAGGGGGUCUUGGAAGCCCAGCUUCACAAGCUACUGAGGCUAAAUUUUCCCUUUUUAAACCCAAAAGCAAGUUUAGAAGGAGCAAAAGAUUCAUCUCAAAGAGAAGAAAAACAAGGAAGAAUAGAAACAACACUGAAAUGAGUCGCUCCCGUUCACCGAUGGAAAGGAGUAGAUUUAGAAUCUUGAGUACAUUUGCCAAACAGAAGCCCCAACCCUAAGACUCAUCCGCAAAGCUAUCUAUUCCGAUAAGACUCAACACGCUUU